AUGCCUACUCGCGUCGAAUUCCCCAGCAAAGGAAUCACCCUGGUCGCCGACCUCUAUCUCCCACUUCAUCAGACGCUAAAAGCAUCCGAUAAAGCUCGCAUCGCAGAGGCCAAAGGCGAACCUGGCGCGAUGCAACCACGUAUGCCUGACAGCGUCGACAAAGUCCCAGAUACUGUCCCGAUUCCUGUGAAAGAAGGAUGUGAGUACUAUCGGACCCCACGAGGCCAGCAUCCCCGAUCCAUUAACAGCUGGCCUGUCCGAGUGCCGAACUAUUCACCCUAUACAUUCAUCGAUCUCAUUUCUCCGCGUCCUCUAUUGAUGAUUGCGGGAAGUGAAGCAGAUACUCGCUUUUUUAGCGAAGAGGCUAUUGCGCGUGCCAAAGAUCCCAAGAAAUAG